AUGGCAAAAUCUUAUUACUCACUGGAUGAGGUUCUGAGAGUUGCCCAGAACCACCCCUUUUACAAUCCAGAUGUUCAGUUUCCACCGCAUCCGGAGGACAUUCCUCAAAUUAUACAAAGUAGUGAUCCUCCAAACGGCAGUAACUUAUGUCGUUAUAGGAUUAUCAAAAAGAAAGACAUCUUCGAUGUCAUCCAAAAGCUUGCCACCGAUGACUCGCUUAGCAAUACCUUCCGUUACAGCUCGUACACCAGUGUCACUGGAGGUGGCUGGAGUCGUGGAGUUCCAAUGCUAUUCUUGACCGACAGCGCGGAGAAUAAGCGGCAGCGCGAGACUAUGGGGGCGAUCAUUAAGGCAGUAGGCAUUAUUGAGCCUAGAGACUGGGUGGUUAAUAUCCAUGUGUCGGGAUACCUGUAUCGAUCUCUCGACUUGCUUACUGACGCUCUUGAAUACGCCGGAGGCACUGUGCUUUGUGCUGGGAGUGAUAUGUCCCCACAAAUGGUGACAGACGUGAUUCAGCAGUACCGUUGCAAUUGUCUCACUGGUCCAGUCACCGAGCUGAUUAAGAUGUCGCAUCAUAUAGCGUCCCUUCCUACCGAGGUCCGGGAACAAGUCAAGAUCAAUAAGAUCUUCUAUACUUCUGAACCAUUAUCUCGAUCUCAGCAUGACUUCUUGACUUCUACUUUCGGGUCGUCGGUGGCGAUAUACUCCGGGAUGGGGAGUGCUGAGGCAGGUCUUUGGGCCGUCGCCAACCCUCAGCUCACUGGCGAGCUAGAAACUGAUGCGGCAGAGUUUAUUUACGAUACACGGACUAUGCACGUCGAGAUCUUACCGCUUUCCAACACCAAGCAGGACAACGCAUGGAUCGAGCCAGUCCCAGACAACGAGAUGGGCAUGAUAACAUUGACCUCUCUGCAGCGUCUGCGGAAUUCACUGGUGCGGUACAACUCAGGAGACAUUGGCUCACUUCAUCCCCUCCCAUUAACCGCUCAGGCUCAAAUCCCAACGGAUGUAGUUGAACAUCUGAAACUGGUCCGCGUAUACGGAAGGGACAAGCGCUUUAGUUUCAGCUGGAAUUCGAACUACUUUGAAUACACGAUGGUCCACAAUCUAAUGCAGAGUGAGGGCUAUGGCAUUCUGCAGUGGCAGAUCGUGAUGAGACAGGACCAAGAGGCCGGGACUGAAUAUUUAGAGAUUCGACUUCUGCGUGAUCGGCAGCAAGCCCAGUUGAUUUCUGACGAAGAGUUAGUUGUCAAGAUCAAAUGGGCCUUCUUGGUGGUCACCAAUCCCGGUUUCCGAGUCAAGUUUGUCAACGAUGUUGCUGAGUUCGAGCGCAGCAGCACAGGCCGAAAGGUCGUUCGGUUCGUUGAUUUUAGAUAGCCCAGCAUCUAUCGACGUGAAACCCAAGGAGAUAGGGCAAUGCAAGAUGUUGGGUGGUGGCGCAUCACGGUUAUUAUGUCUUGCCGGUUGUUCUUAUUGACUUUCCUACGUACAUCCAUCCCCGCACUUGCACUUAUCCCACUGGAAACAUUAUGGAAUGCUCUAAUGUUAGUUCUGGUAAGACACUGACGAGCCUUGUG